AAACUAACUCAACCCAACAGACAGCAUCAGCUUGAGAAGGCAAAAGAAAACUAAGAUGCCAGUUGCUUCACCACACAACAACAUGCAAAAGAAACCAAUGUGAUUUUUAUUGAAUGAAAAUAGUGGAUAACUGGCACCAACUUGCUCCUCUUCAGCCUCCUCCUUCUAAAGUGGAACUGCCACAUGAAAAAUGACUCAGCAAAUGCAGAGCCUGCAGCUUUCCCAGACAAAAAAGAACAACCCCCCGUCUUCUCCCAAUGCUGCUAAGCGACUCUAUCGGAACCUUUCGGAGAAGCUGAAGGGAAGUCACUCAUCUUUUGAUGAGGCCUAUUUCAGGGCCAGAUCAGACCGUCUCAGUCUCCGAAAGUCUUCAGUGAACUUCCAGUGCUGCGAAGCCAUGCUGGAGGCUGUGGAACAGCAAGACUUGGAUGCUGUCCAGAUUCUCCUCUACCAAUACACCCCUGAGGAGUUGGAUCUCAACACUCCCAAUAGUGAGGGGUUAACUGCGCUGGACAUCGCCAUCCUGACAAAUAAUGUGCCUAUUGCCAAGAUUCUUUUGAAAGUUGGGGCAAAGGAGAGUCCACACUUUGUCAGUAUGGAAAGCAGAUCAAUACAUCUGAGUAACUUAGUUCAAGAAGCUCAGCAACGAGUGAAUGAUCUGUCUGCAGAAGUGAUGAAUGAAGGUCUCAGCACAGACAGCUCUGAGAAGGAGAAGCAACUAAAAUCCUGGGAGUGGAGAUAUCGACUCUACAAGCGCAUGAAAUCAGGCUAUGAACUUUCCAGAGCCCCUGAGGCGCCGACCAACAUCUGCCUGGUGGUGACAAGCAGCACAUCACUCACUGUCACUUUCCAAGAACCUCAUAGCACCAACUCAGCGGUGGUGACCAAAUACAAAGUGGAAUGGAGCUGUUCAGAAGACUUUUCUCCUUUGGCUGGGGAAAUCAUCAUGGAUAAUCUUCAGUCUUUGAGGUGCACUAUCACUGGCCUCACAAUGGGCCGCAGUUAUUAUGUCCGAGUUUAUGCUUAUAACAUGAAAGGCUGGGGGCAGCCUCAGACUUCCACACCUCUCUGCACUUCUCCUUCUAACUGGAAAGACUACGAUGGCAGAGGGCCUAGGCACAGGGGACAGAUUGAGGCUUUGGAGCGUUUGCUGCAGCAGGUUAGAGCGUCUCGUCAGAGUUACAGUUGCCGAGAUAGUUCUAAACUGCAGAACGCUGGUCGCAAGCAAUCUGUCUCAAGAAGCCUGAAACAUCUCUUCCAUUCUUCAAACAAGUUUGUGAAGACUUUGAAAAGAGGACUCUAUUUAGCUGUAAUAUUUUAUUACAAAGACAAUAUGUUAGUAACCAAUGAAGAUCAGAUCCCGAUUGUGGAAAUUGAUGACUCUCACACAAGUUCCAUUAUGCAAGAUUUUCUCUGGUUCACAAAGCUGUCUUGCAUGUGGGAUGAUAUCAGGUGGCUGAGACAGAACAUGUCUGUCUCUGUGUCCUCAUCCACUGCACUCCAAGCCAGGCAGAAAAUGCUCUCUGCAACAGCCCAGUUACAGAAUCUGCUGGGUACCCACAACUUGGGCCGAGUCUACUAUGAACCAAUCAAGGACCGGCAUGGCAAUAUCAUUAUAGUUACAAUAAGAGAAGUGGAGACCCUCUAUUCUUUUUUUAAUGGCAAAUGGAUGCAGAUAUCCAAGCUACAAAGCCAGAGGAAAUCCCUUUCAACACCAGAGGAGCCAACUGCGUUAGACAUCUUGCUCAUCACAAUCCAGGAUACACUUUCCUAUCACAGAAGGAGCCAACAGCGCCUGCCUCCUGGCCUCUAUUUAGGAUACCUGAAACUCUGCAGCUCGGUGGAUCAGAUAAAAGUCCUUGUACUGCAAAAGCUGCCCAACAUUCUGUGUCAUGUUAAAAUCCGAGACAACAGCAACAUAUCCAAAGAGGAGUGGGAAUGGAUCCAAAUCCUUUCUGGCUCAGAAUCUAUGGAAAAUAUGGAUCAUUCUGCAGAGUGCCCAACUCAACUGUUCUUUGAGCUCCAGAUGGCAGUGAAAGCUCUCCUAAAACAGAUAAAUCUACCUCUACGACAGGCUAAGCUCUUCCGUCUGUAUACACAGGAGGUGUUGGAACUGGGUCACAAUGUGUCCUUUCUUCUCUUGCUCCCUGCCUCAGACGAUGUCUGCACUGCCCCAGGACAGAAUAACCCUUACACCCUGCACUCAGGAUUCCUUAACCUCCCUCUUCAGAUGUUUGAACUCGUUCAUUUUUGCAGUUACAAGGAGAAAUUUAUUAGUCUGUAUUGCCGCCUUUCCGCUGUCACAGAGCUAGAUUUUCUGAGCACCCAGCAGUCCCUAAGGGAAGCAAUUUCAGACAGUGAAGUCGCUGCUGCUAAACAAAGACACCAGCAAGUCCUUGAUUACAUACAGCAAAUUGAUGAGAUCUGGCGUGAAAUGAGAUGGAUAAAUGAAGCCCUACAGUAUGCACGGUACAGACAGCCACCUGCUGGCUUGCCAGUAAUGAAGAUUGUGGAUCUGUCAGAAGAACCCAUCCAAAAGAAGAUAAGCUCAACAUCCUCCCAUCUUGAUUGUCUUCCUUCCCCACCACCCUCACCAGAGAUGGAGACCCACCGGAGAAAAGGGAUGAGUGACUCCCAGCCGUACUCAGAUGAAGAAGGUUGCUCUGAAGUUUUCCUUCCAACUGACAGUGAUUAUGAUUCUAGUGAUGCUUUGAGUCCAAGGGACCUGGACUUGGUUUAUUCAUCCUCACAGGACAUCUCCCAUCAGGCAGUGAGCUGUCUGAGUGGCAGUGCACCAGAUGUCCUCCAGGUCCAUGACAUCAAACCUUGCCUGACUCCAAAACAAAACUCAAGAGGUGGCAACUCCUUAGAGGCAGAUGUUGCCCAAGCUGCAGAGUACAUGCAAAGCCUGUCAAUUGGAGGGCUUUCGCCAAAAAGCACAGAAAAGGCUGCUGGCUUGAGGCAACCCUUGAGUUUCUUAGGCAAGAAAAAACACGGGAAACAUCAGCACUACAGUUACUUCAGCCGACACCAUCGUUGGCUGCGUGUGCACAGUGAGACUCAGUCUGUCUCCCUCUCAGAGGGGCUCUAUACACCACAUCUCACGCGAGCAAUGGAGUUCUCACAAGAGCCGACCUCUGGCGAGCAGAUAAGCAUCUCUAUCAAUUGCCCACGCAGCACUUUCUUACCUCACGCUUCGAGCCUCCCAGAAGAAGGGAAAGGCAAAUACCAAGAAUUGAGGCCGAGCAUCCGCAGGAUAUGUGUUGAGCCAUACAAGACUAUGCUGCCCAUUGAAGAUGGUAAAUCCUGGGCAUUGAGUGCCCAGCCGGUUGAACAUGAGGAUCUGCACAUUUCUACAGGCCAGGGAAUGGUUCCGGAAGAUGAACCCAGAUCUAACACCACUGAAGUAUAUAGUAGUGAUCUUUAG